GUUGCUCAGUACUACAAUUCCCACAAUUAUAUGUUGACUUUCCUUGCAUGAAGCGUUAUGGCGUCUUCUUGUAGCGUACAUUAAUCGCAAGUGUUUUGUUUACAAGGCAUCACGAUGGCAGCCGAUUCCUCAGAUAAGAAAGAUGCGGAAUCCUCGGGGACCAAAGACAGAGAGCGGAAACGCAGCCGCUCUCGGGAGAGAGAUCGGAAAGCAUCACCUACACGCAAAAGGCGUCGAUCUCGGGAACGUAAUCGCUCUAAAUCUAUAGAAAGGGACCGCCGCAUGAAAGACAAGGAUAGAGACAAGGAACGUGACAGAGACAAGGAGCGAGACAGGAACCGUAAGGAAAGAGACAGCCAUAGGCGUGAUAAAGAUCGCAUCAGGCGCUCCAGGAGUCUUUCACCAAAGUCAAAGGAUUCCAAGAUAAAGAGAGAGAAGGACAUAAAAACAGAGGAAGAAGAAGAUGACAAACAGAAAAAAGAAAAGGUGCAGCCGCUGUCUUUGGAAGAGCUUCUUGCCAAGAAAAAAGCAGAGGAGGAAGCAGAGGCAAAACCCAAGUUCCUGUCUAAAGCAGAGCGAGAAGCGGAGGCUCUGAAGCGUCGUGAGCAAGAGACAGAGGAGAGGAGGCGGCUGAUGGAGGAGGAGAGGAAAAAGCGAAGAAUGUUUCAAGACAUUGGACGAAAAAUGAUGGAGGACCCGCAAGAGAGGGAGAGGCGGGAACGAAGAGAGAGAAUGGAGCGAGAAAACAACGGAAAUGAAGAAGACGAUGGUCGGGUGAAGAUGAGAGAGGAAAAGGACAAAGGCAAAGAACUGCAGGCCAUUAAGGAGCGUUACCUGGGGGGGUUGAAGAAACGCCGCAGAACACGUCACCUGAAUGACAGGAAGUUUGUUUUCGAGUGGGAUGCCUCUGAAGACACGUCAGUCGACUACAACCCCAUUUACAAAGAAAAGCAUCAGGUGCAGCUGUAUGGACGAGGCUUUAUCGCUGGCAUAGACCUGAAGCAACAAAAAAGAGAACAGUCGCGUUUCUACGGUGACCUCAUGGAGAAAAGGCGCACAAUGGAGGAGAAGGAGCAGGAAGAGACGAGACUGAAGAAGAUGCGCAAGAAGGAAGCCAAGCAGCGCUGGGAUGACAGACACUGGUCUCAGAAGAAGCUGGACGAGAUGACUGACAGAGACUGGAGAAUCUUCCGAGAGGACUACAGCAUCACCACAAAAGGAGGAAAGAUCCCGAACCCCAUCCGCAACUGGAAGGAGUACCAACUGCCGGCACACAUCCUGGAGGUCAUCGACAAAUGUGGCUACAAGGAUCCAACACCUAUUCAGAGGCAGGCCAUUCCCAUUGGCUUACAGAACCGUGACAUCAUUGGCGUGGCUGAGACUGGCAGUGGUAAAACAGCUGCCUUCCUGAUCCCACUGCUCGUCUGGAUCACUACCCUGCCAAAAAUCGACAGGAUCGAGGACUCAGACCAGGGUCCUUAUGCCGUGAUCCUGGCCCCGACUCGUGAGUUGGCGCAGCAGAUCGAGGAGGAAACAAUCAAGUUUGGUAAACCGCUUGGCAUCCGUACUGUGGCUGUAAUUGGAGGAAUCUCUAGAGAGGAUCAGGGUUUCCGUCUCAGGAUGGGGUGUGAGAUUGUCAUUGCCACCCCCGGUCGUCUGAUCGAUGUAUUGGAGAACCGCUACCUGGUCCUGGGCCGCUGCACCUAUGUGGUCCUGGAUGAAGCUGAUCGGAUGAUUGACAUGGGCUUUGAGCCUGAUGUCCAGAAAAUUCUGGAGUACAUCCCAGUGACCAAUCAGAAACCAGACACAGAGGAAGCAGAGGAUCCUGAGAAAAUGACCAUGAACUUUGAGUCCGGGAAACAUAAAUACAGACAAACCGUCAUGUUCACGGCCACCAUGCCUCCAGCUGUGGAGAGACUGGCCAGGAGCUACCUGAGACGUCCCGCCGUGGUGUACAUCGGGUCCGCAGGCAAACCUCACGAGAGAGUCGAACAGAAGGUGCUGCUUAUGUCCGAGGGAGAGAAGAGGAAGAAGCUGUUGGAGGUGUUGGCGCAUGGUUUCGAGCCACCCAUCAUCAUCUUCGUCAACCAGAAGAAGGGCUGCGACGUACUGGCUAAGUCUCUGGAGAAGAUGGGCUACAACGCUUGCACGCUGCACGGUGGCAAAGGUCAGGAGCAGAGAGAGUUUGCGCUCUCGAACCUUAAGGCGGGAGCCAAAGACAUUCUGGUUGCCACAGACGUGGCUGGUCGAGGUAUCGAUAUCCAGGAUGUGUCCAUGGUCAUCAACUACGACAUGGCUAAGAACAUCGAAGAUUACAUCCAUCGUAUUGGCCGUACGGGUCGUGCUGGUAAGAGCGGUGUGGCCAUGACAUUCCUCACCAAGGAGGACUCGGCUGUGUUCUACGACUUGAAGCAGGCCAUCCUGGAGAGCCCCGUGUCCACCUGCCCGCCUGAGUUGGCAAACCACCCAGACGCUCAGCACAAACCUGGGACCAUCUUGACCAAGAAGAGACGAGAGGAAACCAUCUUUGCCUAGCAACUCAUCCCACCUACAAAGAACUUACUUGAAGGUGUUUUUUUAAUGUUUCCAACAUUUACUUUGAACAUUUCCAGGGUUACUGAUUUCCCAUUCAGUCAAACUGGAUUUGUAUUUUAGUCUAGGCUUUGGUAUCACAUGCAGCACUCAUCCAAGUGGUAAAGUGAAAAUGUGUUAAAUUGAAUUUGGGGAAAAAAAGACACUUUUUGGAAGUAAGCCAGGAUUUAUGCAUAAAGGUAGUUCUUUAUACCCUCUCUCAAUUACCACAUUAUGGAUUUCUUUACAAGAAUCACAGCUGUUUUUUUUCAUUGUUUGACUAAGUUCUGAUGCAAAUAUAAAGAUUUGUAUGAAAAGACUUAAAUACUUGUAUGUCUUGUCAGUGACUGACAUUUGAAUGGGUUAACCAUCCAUCCACUUUCUAUGCCGCUUAUACUCACUAGGGUCGCAGGUACGCUGGAGCCUAUCACAGCUGGUUUCAGGCGCCAGCCAAUCGCAGGGCACAUAUAGACAAACAACCAUUCAUGCUCACAUUCAUACCUACGGACAAUUUAGAGUCCCCAAUUAACCUAACAUGCAGGAGGAGGAAACCCGGAGAAAACCCGCACACGCACGCACUCAUGCACACAGAGAUGCCCAACGGAGAUUCUAACCCAGAUCUUUCAGAUCUCCUGACUGUGUGGCGAACAUAACCACUCGACCUGUCUGGGUUAUGUACUUCAAAAUCAUGCUGAACAUUUUGUAAUAUAAAAUCCUUGUUAUUUAGAGCCGAAUUGACCACAGUGAUGAAUGCAAUUAAAUUAAUUAAGUAAUCAGGAGAUUUCAGUAAGUUGUGAUAGGAUAUUAGCAGCAAGAGGCUGUUGUUUGUUCAAUGCAGCGUUUUG